CGUCUAUACCUGCAGCUAGGUAACUUGCUGCGUAGUUUAUCACUUAAACAUUAGCACCUCUGAAUUUCCGUGGCUUUUGAGGGCACUGCGAGUGCUGCAGAAAAGAGGCCUCUGCGAAGACUGACCGUGAAUGCGUUGCCCAGCUGGGCCUUUUGAGCAGGCCUAAUAGCUUAAAGACUCCCACAAUGGCAGAGGGCACACAGAACCCGUUGCUAGGUGACCCCAGCCAUGCUUCUCACUCUGAUACCAAAGUGCAAAAGCUGGAGCACAAGCUACAGCAGCUUAAGGAGCACACACCUCAGACGCAUAAUGGCAUACGGGAAUGGAUUCACCAAAAGCCAGGGACAUUCGGCUGCCUAGUCUUCCUGCUGAUUACAUGUAUAGUGCUCGUGGCGGUAGUGCCCCCGGUCUGCGUGCUCGUUGGCUGCGGAGCUGGUCGACCAAGCGACUCGUCGGACUCCGAGUCUAUCAACCGUCUCAUUGUCAACUUUGACCAAAUCGGGAAGACUGUGAAGUCAAAGAUCCCGCCCCUGCUGUACGAUUACCUAGAGGAGGUGGCGCUGAAGAGCGGGAUCCAGAUCGUGUCGUUCUCUGACGCCAAGGUGCUGGAGGAGGUGAAGAAGAUUCUGCUGUCGCAGCCAGACCUCUCGAACCUUCUGCAGGACUCAGCGCAAAGCAGGCCGCCAGUGCAGGACCCGCUUGCGGCGCUGGCGGGCGCCGCCAGCCAGGCGGGCGUGCCGGGCACCCGGCGUUUCAUGUCGGCGCUGGACCCGCGGCGGUUCCUUCAGUCUGUGACGGUGGUGCCGGGCGCGCCGGACCCUCUGGACCAGUACUCGCUGGGCAUAGUGAAGGCGAAGGACGCGUGGAAUGUGACGCAGGGCACACCAGAGGUCAUCGUGGCUGUGGUGGACACCGGCUGCGACCUCACUCACCCCGACCUGAAGGACAACUUGUGGAUUAACACGAAGGAGAUCCCGGGGAAUGGCGUAGAUGACGACGGCAAUGGCCUCAUUGACGACGUGUACGGAUACGACUUUGCGGGCACGUGCGAAAAUGACUACCCCAGCGACGGCUGCGGCCCCAAGCCCGACCCCCAGGACACGGGCACGCACGGCAGCCACUGCGCCGGCAUUGUGGGCGCCGUCCGCAAUAACGGCGUGGGCAUCUCGGGCAUUGCGCCGCGCGUGAAGAUCAUGUGCCUGAAGGUGUCCACGCCCUCCAACAACUUCUACACCGCACACAUCCUCAAAGCCUACGACUACGCCUACCGCAUGGGCGCGCACGUGGUCAGCUGCUCCUUCGGCCCCGCCGAGCCCAACAUGAAAACCAUCUCGCCCGACGAGCUGGCUGCGUACGUGGCCGAGCGCAACCUGUACCGCGCCGCGCUGCAGCCCAUGGUUGACAAGAACAUGCUCAUCAUCGCCGCCGCAGGCAACGAGAACACCAACUUGGACCAGCUGGACCAAUACAACACCACCUACAUGCCCUGCUUCAUGGCCAAGGAGUUCCCGGAGAACAUGCUGUGUGUCACCGCCACAAACCAGGACGAUGUUCGCUGGGCAGAGAUCGCCAACAACAAGCCCGUGGGCUCCAACUUUGGCCUCAAGUACGCGGACAUUGGCGCCCCCGGCCGCCUAAUCAUGUCCAGCACACCGCCUGUGGCCGGCAACAGCAUGACGCGCUGGAACCUCAAGACCGGCUCCUCCAUGGCCACUCCCAUGGUGUCCGGCAUUGGCGCGCUGGUGCUUUCGGUGCUGGGCACAGGCACCGGCAACUAUUUCCAGGGCAAGGAGGCACGGAAGAUCAUUGUGGAGUCGGCGGACCCCAAGGUCGGCCUGCCGGUGUCCACCGGCCGCCGCGUCAACGCCGCGAGCGCGGUGCUACAGGCCACGGCCAAGCUUUCGGGAGUCGCGGGCAUUGUCACCGACGCCUCGUUCGUGCGCUCGUCGCAGUCGGUACUCGUGACCGGCUUCAAUGAGACGUACUAUGCUGGCGACUUCGGGAUCACGGAACGCAACGACUGGGACCAGCUGCCCGUCACGGGCGUCAGCACACGGCCCGGCCUGCCCCGCUUUGAGCGCUACAAGUUCGGCGCCGGCACCACGCUGCGCGUGAAGGCGUCUGUGUACCUGCCCCUCACCGGGCUGUACGCCAUGCAGAUCAACACCACCGCCAGCUCCGCCGACCUCCGCGUGUUGGUGGGUCAGGUGGCGCUCAACCUCAGCGCCGUCAACCUGCUAAACUCGAACGGAGGCUGGUAUGAGUUCGAGAUGCGGUACCGCAACCCGAGCGCCAUAAUCGACAUCCAGAUGGCGGAGCCGACCGGACAGCCUGGUGCAUCCUCCUCAGCCUUUUCCCGCAUGACCAACUUCUACAUUUCCACGCCCGUCCCUCCCAAGGACUACUACUGGGCGCCCAAGAUUGCGCUGUCGUCGACCUGGCAGGUGCUGACGCGCCCCGUGAACGCAACGACGGUGGGCCUUGCGAGCAUCCUGGAGUCCGCGCUUCAGCUGGACUCGCCCUUCAACUUCUCUAGCGUUGUGCCUGACAUCAACUACACCACCCCCACAGCGCUGCGAGCGAACCUGUACCCUAGCUCUGUGGUGGCGGCGGCGAGCGUGCCGCAGUCACUGGUCGGUAUCGCGCACACCCGUCUGGCAGCGCCGGAUAAGCCCAUGCGCUUCAAGCUGACUUGCUCCUACUGCUCGAUGGCAGUCAACGACCUCCGCAUCCUGGAUGUGUACGACCCGGCAAGCACCGGUGCCGCUACCACUCGAAUCUCAGACUGCAUCGCCUUCGGCAACACCUCCGGCACCCACGACAUCGUGGUUCGCUUUGCAGCUGCGGACAGCUCCGCCGCGCCGCUGACGCUAGGCUGGCUGCCGUGCGACGCCAACCCGACCGCUGAGGCGGUGUCUCUCCGCACGCACGUUAUGAACAACCUCUUUUGGAAGCCUUCAAGCGGCGUGGCAGGCUACGUGCCUGGCCUCCAGUGCGACGUGUGGCCAUCCGCAAACCGCGUUGGGGCCCCCGUGUACAAGUUCCGCCUACCUGCCGCCAUGGCGAGCACUCCGAGGGCUCUUCAAAAGAACCUGACUGGCCCCAGGGACAACCGUGCCAUGUUUGACGACUUCCUGCGUACCGGCUGCUCGCCCACGGAGGACAAGUCGCCGGGCUGCAUCGGCCCCGCCAUGUUCCGCUUCUCGGACACGAUUGUCAACUGGCCCAACUCCUCCACCAUCACCGGCACGGCGCUGGCGGCUCUGUACAUGCGCUGCUGGACGUACGUCAGCCGCGGAUUCGGGCAAGGCUUCACCGCGCUUCCCCUCAGCAACAACAACAUCUACGCCUACAUGGGCGCCCAGACGGUUCUCCGCCUCGAGGUGACGGCCGGCUUAGCCAACCAGCCGCCCUCCUCGCCCAACGUCACACAGCUCAACGACCACUACCAGCUGCUGGCGGUGGAGUGGCGCGGCCUGGGCGCCGCAACAGCCCUGGUGGGCAUUGUGAAUGCCGCCGCCACCAACAUCUCCCUCAACCUCGACAUGAACAACACACUGCUUCCCAUCCCCGUGGUGGCUGCGCGCACCGCUGCGACCGUGUCAUUCGACUACAGUGCCGUCGCCAUCGACCCGGCCACCAUCCCCAGCCCACCCUACCCCGCCCCUAGCCGCCCCGCUCGGCCCAGCUGGCCCACCUUCCCGGGCCAACUGGCAGCCGAGUCCCUGCCAGCGCCGGCCCCCGCCCCGUCUCCUGCCAACACUACCUUCAACACGAGCGCGACCAACGCCACCACAGCAACAAACGCGACACUGUCCGCACCCGCACCGUCCCCUUCACCGGCGCCAGCGGCCUCGCCGGUGCCUUCUCCGGCGCCCGUCUAUGCGGCGCCGUCGAAUGCGUCCAACGCAUCUAACACUACAACUGCUUCCAAUGCAACGUCACCCGCACCCGUUGCGUCGCCGGCGCCGUCGAAUGCAACGCUGCCCGCCCCGUCACCCUCGCCCGCACCUGUCUUGAACGGCACUGGCGGCGCUGGAAAUGGCACCACCACGGCCGCUGCCAACGGGACCACCACAGCCACUUCCAAUGGCACCUCCAACGGCACCAGCACCGCCACCGGUCGUCACCUGAUGCAGCUGCAGGAGUCUAGCAGUGGCUUCGAGGCAGUCGCGCUGGGUGCAAGCGCUUGGUCGCUGCGGCAGGUGGACACCACGUCCCCUGGCCUGCGUGCCGACGUGUACAACCCCACCUCCACGGCGCCCUACGACACUGUUGAGUACCUGUCAAAGCUGGUCCUGAACAACAUUUCCUUUGCCAGCGACCCCACGCUCUUUGGUAACGUGGUCUCGCCCACGGUAGGCCUAUCCGGUCCCCUGCCUGGCAAGCCCCCGCCAUCCUUGUACACGCUUGGGCCCAAGCCCGCCAAGGGCCCCACUCCCCAGAUAGAGUGGCGUGCGCGCUACGUGCGCGCGGCCGGGUUCUUGUACCCGCCUCAGCGCGCCGCGGCGCUGACGCGGUGGGUCGUGAAGGUGGUAGAGCAGACGAACCAGAGCACCAGUGUCACGUUCGGUGACGUGACCAUCCGCAACGCCAUCGAGUUCCCCGGGACGGCGGUGCGUGAGACGAGCGUGGCCGUGUGGCUCCCGCCCGGGUACGUGCCGAUGGUGGUCAUGGCGCGCAGCAGCCGGACAGACACGGCGGCGUCGUACGAUGUUAGUUUGAUAGAUGCGACGGGGGCAGAGACUGACGUGACUGGCGACCGGUGGUAUAGAUCUGUAUGAAGCGUGAGGGGAGUUUAAUGGGUAGGCAGGGGGUAGACACUAGGCGGUGUACUGAAAUGAGCGUUACGGUAGUCGAACUAACACCAUGACAUGUUGCACGUUCGCAGUCUGGGUGAACGCUUCCGUGUUGCGGUUUGUCCCAGGUUUCAGAGAGAUCGUGUGACCUGCAAGAGUUGAGGGCCGGGCGAUGCAGAUGCGGUGGGUUCGGCCCCGUUUUAAUGAGGCGCGUUGUGUGCCCCCCGACGCAUGGGGGCAACAGGAUGACAUGACGUAAUGAAUUGAUAGGCGUGCGGCUCUGCUGUAGAAGUAGGGCUUAUAACCUUUGCAUGUGCAGUGGAUGGACGUUCUUACCUUUGUCGUACAAGAGAAUGACUGUGUUGUGGAGGCGCGGAGCAACGCCGCUGUCGGCUGACAGCAUGGCUGCAUGUCAAACAGGUGGAGAUAAGGGGCUAGCUGCAUGCGGGUUUCAAUGUUGCGCUGCACUGUUUGCAGGAACCGUCUCGUGGCUUGACUUCGUGACGUUGCAUUGAACCGAGUGCGGCAAUCUGCGGUGUAUGUGUGUGCAAUUAUGUGUUAUACCGUAACGCGAGAAUCUGCAUGCGGCGCUGAUAAGACAACCAGGCUGUAGUGGCUGGGUGGUACAGUCUGGCAUGAAGCGGCUGUGUCCCACUGUCCCACGUGCACCAUGGGCCAUGACGCGUGAGGCGGAGGGUGGGAAGGAUGUCUGGGCGGACCAUGCAGCGCAUCGGGGUCGGAGACUCAUCCAGCCGUUGCGCAUACCCCGGCCACAUAACCUGCCCAUUUGGGGACGACCCGACCGGGGCUAACCAGGGUAUGGAACAGUUUCCGCGCGUCCAUCCAGCAUUGCCGAGACGACCCGUCCG